CCUUCUCAUGGAAGUUUUUCGCGGACUUUUCCUUCUAGGCGUGCGCAUGAGCGAGGUGCUCGUGGCCCAAUUUGCAGCUCAGCUGCUUGUCAUCCUGGGACAGAUCGCCCUCGUCUUGCUGGUAGCCUUCGGCAUUUUCGGCAACUUGCUGGCUGGACCCGCCGUCCCCUAUGUGUUGCUGUGUCUAGCGCAGGGCGUAUGCGGCAUGUGGUACGGACUCUUAACGGCCGUCAUUUUCGACUCCACUACAGCAGCCUCAUUGGUUGGAACAGGGUCGUACUUCACACUGAUGUUUAUGAGCAGUAUGCUCUGGCCUCUAGAAGGGAUGCACAUACUCAUGCGACCCAUUGCCACCAUUUUGCCAAUGACAUCUGCGACCAUUUCAUUGAGGAAUAUUGCUUUGAGAGCUUGGAACUUAUAUCACCCAGGUGUAUAUGUGGGCUUUCUUGCUACAUUUUCAUGGACAAUAGCAUUUAUACUUCUCACAUUCUUUACAAUAAAAAUCAGAUUUUAAGCCAA